AUGGGUAAGAGAAAGAAGUCAUCCAGAGGUCCAGCCAAGAAGAUAGUACAGAGGUUAGAUACGGCAUUCAAUUGUCUCUUCUGUAAUCACGAACGCUCUGUGAGCGUAACAAUGGACAAAAAGAAUAACAUUGGCUCGCUUCAUUGUAAGAUUUGUGGACAAUCGUUCCAAACCCGCAUUAAUGGUCUAUCACAACCGGUAGAUGUAUAUAGUGACUGGUUUGAUGCGGUUGAGGAAGUUAACGAAGGGAAACAUAGCGAAUCUGAAGAUGAAAACAGUGACAGUGACUACGAGAGUGACUCUGAUACUGAGCCUUCUUCAAACCGUAGAAAAGCUGUUGGAAUAGAUUCUGACGAAGAAGAAGAAGAAGAACAAGAAGAAGACGAAGAUGCGGAUUACGGAAGAAAAGGAGCGACCGAACGAAAAGACUCAGAACCAGAAUCAGACUCAGACGAUGACGGUAAAAUAUCUAACAAAAGAGGAAGAGCAGCAUGGAUGGACAGUGAUGACGAGUAG